AUGCCACGAAAGUCGACAGGGGCGGCAUCAUCCGCCUCAGCGCCAGGCACGCCCGCAGCCAAAACUGGAGGUCGGAAAUCCAUCAGCGGUUCCAUCGACGACACCUCGUCCAAUGCGCCACUCGUCGUCCCACCUUCCUCCAAAGCAGUCCUGAAACAGCAGGAAGUGGCCCUGAAAGGCAUCGAAUCCUUCGAACUGCCUCGUUCCAACAUUGUCCGCUGUGCCAAAUCGGAGCUGCCCGACAGCGUGGCGUUGCGAAAAGACACCCAACAGGCGCUCGUCCGUUCCGCAACCGUGUGGAUCAGCUAUCUCACCAGUAUCGCUCACGACAGUGUGCGGGAGAAGGGUGGGAAGAUCAUCAGCGCGCAACACGUGUUAGAUGCGGUAAGGGAGGCCGGGUUUACGGAGGAAGAGGUAGGGUUGUUGAAGGAGGGGUUGCGGGGGUACAGGGAUGCGGUGCAGAAGAAGAAGGCGGCCGCGGUGGUGGGGAAGAAGGGUGAUGCCGAGGUUGAGGGAGAGGAGGCGGAGGGGAAUGAGGCGGAUGAGAGUCGAGUUGAUGAUGCUAUUGCGGGGGACGAGACGCUGGCCAACGACGAGGACGCGGACGAGCUCAUGGACGAAGAUUAG